AUGUUUAUCAGCAUAUCUGCUCUCAUCACUGCUCUUCUCGUCAGCGUCGAAGCUAAGCUUCAUGAUUAUGGCGCUUGCGUAAGAAACCGUAUUAUUACGCCUAUUGGUGGUACUCCAUGGAGUGUCAGCUACAACUGGGAUAAAACGUACCAAGUCAUGCCUGAAGCAACCAGGUGCGCUUGUGACUAUUAUCGUCAACGGAACACCGGCACAAUGCAGUGGGAUACUUGCCCCGACUGUGUUAUGGAAGGUGAUCUUUGCCACUCGGCCGAAUGGCACAUUGGUGGCGAUGAGCUUAAUCACUACUGCACCAAGUUUUGUGGUGCCCCUCAAUCCGAGGGAAGCAACUCUGACUGA